AUAUAUAUAUAUUAAUACAUAUACAUACAUGCACAUUUCUCACAUAUCACACCUCAACUUAUCAUGGACUCCACAAAAUCUCUUGACUAUUCACAGCAUGAACCAGCGACGGUAACGCUAAGGAAAUUCAAAUACUUCAAUUGCGUCCACAGGCUUAUCAUGGAGUCCUGGCGCAAGAUUCGCGCACGCAUGGAAAUCAAAAAGAUGCCCGCAGAGCUAGACGAUGAUCUGGAAACUUUGGAGGAUUAUACGCAGCGCUGGCGAUCCGUGCGCAUCAUUUACUUUACGAUGUUCCUCAUGGCGCUGGGCUUUAGCAUCAUAUUAACCGGCAUUUGGCCAUUCCUUAACGAGCUAGAUCCCAGUGCGGGCAAAGAGUUUAUGGGUAUGAUUGUGGCAGCUAACCCGUUGGGCCAAAUGAUCUUCAGUCCCAUCUUUGGUUGGUGGGGCAACAAGCUGGGCACCAUACGGCUGCCGCUGCUGCUCUCUUUGGCGCUCUUCACCUUGGCCAGUGCAUUGUAUUCGUCGCUGGAACUUGUGGACAAUGUCAAGUACUGGAUGCUGGCCUCGCGAUUCCUCAUCGGCGUCAGCUCGGCAAACAUUGCACUGUGCCGCUCCUACUUGUCGGCGGCUACGCGUCUGAGCGAGCGCACACACGCCGUCUCCAUGGUAUCUCUUGCCCAGGUGCUGGGCUUUAUUAUUGGUCCCGGGCUGCAGGCGUUGGUAACGCCACUGGGCCGAAGCGGUCAUGUCUGGUUUUGGGGCACUAUGCACGUGAACAUGUACACAGCCUCCGGCUGGAUAAAUGUGCUCAUGAGCAUGGGUAACUUUGUAAUGUUUUUGCCGGGCAUAUUCAAGGAACACAAAAUAGCCGCACGUGAGAUUAUGGUAAUGCAGGGCGGCACCUCGGAGCGUGACACCUGGAAGGCAAUCAAACCGAAUUACUAUUCCGCCUGGACGCUAAUUGUGGCCUUCUUUGUGCUGGUUUUCAACUUUGUGCUGCUGGAGACAUUGGGUACAUCGCUGACCAUGGAUAUGUUUGCCUGGACCAAUGAUGAAGCACUCUACUAUAUGGGCAUAUUUAUGGCCACAGCAGCCAUAAUAUCUCUGGUUACUUUUGUGCUUAUUGAACCACUGUGCAAGCUUUUUGCUGAGCGCUUUGUGCUCAUCUGGGGCGGCUUCUCUUUGAUGGUGGUGGGUCGUCUGCUUUACAUACCCUGGGGACCGGAUCCGCCCAAGCUGGCGGUGGCCUUCAACGCUAGCGCCAAUCUCACCAUCGAUAAUCCCAUCUAUUUGGGCUGUCCACCUACUCAGGAUUGGUGUCCUCAACUGCCAGCGCUUACAUUGACACAGUUCAUUAUUGGAUUCGCACUGACGUCAGUGGGUUAUCCCAUUGGCGUUACUCUGAUACAGACAAUAUUCUCCAAAGUGCUUGGACCACGUCCGCAAGGCGUCUGGAUGGGCAUGAUGACCGGCGCGGGCUGCCUGUCCCGUGUCAUGGGUCCCGUAUUCGUUGGCUCGAUUUACACACGCCUCGGCACCUAUUGGACAUUCGGUUUUACAUCGAUUAUGAUGUUGAUUUCUAUGAUCUGGCUGCUGUGCAGCAAUCGCGUACUUAUCCCACCAACAUUCGAGAAACCGGCUGUGCCCCUGCAGGAACUGCAUACACCGCAGAAAGACGUCACGAAUGAUCCCGAUGACGCAAACGCGCCCAUCCAUGAAGAAUCUGAUGAGCUGCUGGCAACUUCCAAGGUGAUACGCAUGGUACCCUCAUCCAAGGCGUAGUCUCAUCGUCGACUU